AUGGAUGAUGAAGGCAACGAACACUUGCCCAAGCAGGAGCGUAUGAGACAAAGAUGGACAGCAUCCCUCGAUAAGAUUUUUGCAGACCUUGUUGUUGAGCAGAUAUUGCUUGGAAAUAGACCAAAUAAUAUUUUCGAUAAGAAAGCCUGGAAUUAUAUACGGGAAGAAUUCAACAGACAGACAAAUCUCAAUUUCAACAACAACCAAUUGAGGAAGCACUUAGAUGUUCUCCGUACUCGUUUCUUUAGUUUGAAAUCUGCCUUAGAUCAACAGGAUCUGAUGGAAGAACCUUGCUACCUUGGGUUCGACUUGUGGGAAGAGUUCGGGGCACAGCAGAAACCCCCGGAGACUACCAGGGUCAAGGAUUGUCCUAUUUUUGACCAGUUAUGUGCGAUUUUUGGGGACUCGGGUGCUGAAGGAAAAUAUGCGCGGUCAAGCCACUAUAAUGAAGGGCUGGAGAAAUCUGCUGGUGGCGAAACUUCAUGUCCAGAAAUUGUAAAUCUACAUCCUGAAAAACCUUCCUCAGCAACACCAGUACAGGGAAAUGUGUCCUUGCCAGAAAAUCCAAACAAAUCCAUCACAGAAAGAAAAAGAAAGCGUGCACCGGAAGUACGCAAUGGUCGAUCAGAGGAAACCAACAUGGCCGAAACACUAGGGGAGACAAUGGCAGAAGCCUUGUGUGAGAUGAUUGCUGCAUCAAAGUUACGAGCCAAUGCAACAUCUAAGAAUGAUGCAAAAUAUACCAUUACGAAUUGCAUAAGAGCUUUGGAUGAGGUUGAAGGGAUUGAUGAUUGGCUCUAUUAUGCGGCCUUGGAUCUCUUUGAGGACCCUGUGCUACGAGAGAUGUUCCUUUCUCUCAAGAGCAAUUCGAUGAGGCUUGCGUGGUUGCAGGGCAAGUAUGCGCAAUUCUUUUCAUAG